AUGGUGUGUGUCUUACUCCCCACAGGCGCCUGUAUACAAGUUCUGGCUAUGACCCUGUUGGUUGUAAAUUCCCACAUGGUUGCAGGCAGACACACCCCAGAGCACUUCACCGAGCAUGCUAAGUCCGAGUCUCACUUUGAGAACGGGACGGAGCACAUGAGGUUUGUGGAUGGAUACAUCCACAACCUCGAGGAGUUUAUGCGGUUUGACAGCCACGUGGGGGAGUACGUGGCGCUGACGGAGCUGGGAUGUCCCAGUGCUGAGUAUUAUAACAGCCGCAAGGAGAUUCUGGCAGACACGGCGGCGGUGAACUGGUUCUGCAGGGUCUACUGCAAGGUGUCUGAGCUCUUCUCAGUGCACAAGAGCGUUAUGCCUGAGGUGAUUGCGUAUCCAUCAAAGAUGGCCCCCCUGGGACUCCACAACCUGCUUGUCUGCUCUGUCAGUGGUUUCUAUCCUGGAAACAUUAAGGUCAGGUGGUUCCUGAAUGGGCAGGAGGAGACAGCAGGGAUUGUGUCCACAGGCCUCAUCAGCAAUGGAGACUGGACCUACCAGAUCCUUGUGAUGCUGGAAAUGACCCCCAAGCGUGGAGACAUGUACACCUGCCAAGUGGAGCACUCCAGCCUUCAGAGACCUGCCAUGUUGGGUUGGAAAGCACAGUCUGAAUCUGCCCAGAGUAAGAUGCUGAGUGGAGUUGGGGGCCUCGUGCUGGGGCUGAUCUUCUUUGGGGUUGGCCUCAUUGUCCACAAGAGGAGUCAGAAAGGAAAUCAAGGUUCUCAACCAAGAGUCUCCCUCCCAUGUUUGGAGGCCCCUGCUUGUGCCCAGAGCUCCAAGAGAUUAGUUCUACUGACUCCUUCCCUGGAAUAG